CACACAUGCACAAUUUUAGUAAUACUGACACAGCAGCAGCCUCACACGGAUAAAAGUGACCGAAAAGCGAUUGUUCAGUGAAAACCUGAGGACCAGACCCCAGACAUGAUUUCAAAUAACAGCAACAGUACAGAUGGAGAAUCAUUGCACACAGGAAGCAAAGGAUCCAAAGUCAAAGUCGGGUCCAGAAGUCUUCCACUGUAUCCACUGGUUACCGUGUGUUUAGGAGUACUAAACACUAUUCUGAUGUUAACUGCUAUUGUUAUUGGGAUUUACUGUGGCAAUGUCAGUGAGUUAUCUGUUCCCGACCAACUAGAAGCACAGGUGCUCUUUGUAGAGGCAAAGCAUAUUCAGACAAUGCAGACUGAACAGAUCAAAGCUCACGAAGAGGCCAAACAAGCACUGCAGAAAGAGAUCAGGGCGCAUGAGCAGCUGAAACUGCAGUUUGAGCAGGACAAGAAGCUGCAUGAUGACCUUCAGAAUCAGCUUGAUAUACUGACACUGGAGGAAGCAACACUGCAGGCUGAUAAAUCUAAUCUUCAAGAAAGUUGUGGACAGUGUCCGCCUGGAUGGUUUUUAGUCAACGCAUCAUGCUACUUCCAUUCUAAAUCAGCAUCUGGUGCCUUUAAGACUUGGCACGACAGCAGGGCAGACUGUAUCGCCCGUGGGGCCAGUUUGACUGUGAUAGAUAACUUGGAGGAGCAGCUAAAUCUUUUUGAGUACCUACCAAAACUGGAUCCAAGCAUGCGAAGAUUGUGGAGAAAAUCAAGGGGAAUCUGGAUUGGCCUUACGGAUAUUCAGACAGAAGGCAGCUGGGUGUGGUUAAAUAAUGUGACUCUGGAUGAAGGGUACUGGAUAAGCGGGGAACCCAACAACAAUGGAUUAAUGGGUGAGAACUGUGUAGCACUUAUGAACAUGAAAAGCCCGAGUGCGACGUGGUUUGAUGCAGGUUGCAAUGAGGACAUGGAAUGGUUAUGUGAAAAGGAAGUCAACUAGGCGUGGCGAGCGUGAUGGUCCACAUCCAGGCUGAAUUCUUCAAAGAACUCCUCAAAGAGGUUGCCUCCAUAAUGUCGAACACGCUUGGAACCAUCAAAUGAGAAGAGAAGACAUCAGGAGGAGGUGCUAACAUGUUCCAACAUGACACAUGCACACGGAAAGCUUUCUUUUAGAUAAUGCAACAUCUUCAUGUAAUAAUUCACAAUAAAACCUGAUCCCUGAACAGUAGAAACCUCCUUAAAGGCAUUAAUAAUCUUUCAGUAAUUACCACAUGCUUUAGCAGUGAUUGAUCCCUGACCUUUCCUGUAGCGUCCAGCUGUACUUUGCAUUUGGUGUUAAUUAUCAAAUAUUAGCAGGCUGAACUAAGAUGGUGAUCAUGGUAAACAUUGUACCUGUUAAACAUCAACAUGUUAGCAUUGUCAUUGUGUGCAUGUUAGAACGCCAACAUAAGCAUUUAGCGGACAACAUCACAGAGCUUGUAGCAUGGCUGUCGACUUGUCUCUUGUGACAAUUGACUUAUCUCUUGUGACAUACGGCAUACAUGAAAUUGUUUCUCUGUGUUCUUUCUCAGUGUCAAUGAAGGCUGAGUAAAUUAAUAACAUAUUUGUGACUGUAGUGCAGCAUUACACUCACUCUGCAGAUGUUAUGAUAGUGAAUAGUUUCACAGAAGAACAGAGAUUGAACAAUAAAUGAAGAAUUUCUCCUUCUACACUUUGAUGUGUGGACAGCAGGGGGUGCAAACUAGACUAAGACAGUCCCUCAAAGAACUGGCCAGACUGCAAAGUCUGUCACUUCAAGGGCCAAUAUGUUUUUAUGUAUACCAAUACCACACUGUAGAAGAAUG